AUGCGAACUCGUGAUAUGUGGAAAGAAAUGUUAGAGAUGCAAGUUGGUGGUAAUCGUCCCACAACCUUCCGAGUAUCACGUGCUGCCGUCAUGACCACAGAUAUGAAAGCUUACCUCGAGAAUCGCAGACGUGAACGUCGUCAAACGUUUUCAUGUUGCACUUGCCAACGCGGUCCACCAGGUCCACCGGGUCCACCUGGCCCUGAUGGUGCAGAUGGCAUCGAUGGUCCAGUAGGAGACAUUGGACCUCCAGGACAACCUGCCAUUCUCCCACCAGAAUACAAUGAUCGCUAUCCGAAACAAUGUCCAUGCGAAUCACCAGAAGGACCACAAGGACCACAAGGACCACGUGGACCUCCUGGACCUCCAGGAGAUCCUGGUAUCGAAGGAGCACCUGGUGCACCCGGAGAGCCGGGACCAAUGGGUCCACCAGGACCAGCAGGCCGAAAUGGACUUCCUGGACCUCGCGGACCACCCGGUCCUCCUGGCCGUCAGGACAAAGGAUUCGAAGGACCUCCUGGUCCACCUGGACCGCCUGGAAGACCUGGAGCACCUGGACCUCGAGGGCCACCAGGACCGCCCGGCAACGAUGGUGAGCCAGGAACUCCAGGAGAACAAGGACCACCCGGAAAUCAAGGACCUCCGGGCAGACCAGGACCAAUGGGUGCUCCAGGUGAAAUUGGCGAUCCUGGACCGAAAGGACGUUGUGACCAUUGUCCACCACCAAGACUUGCAGCUGGCUACAGAUAG